AUGCUGAAUUUCUUGAACAUACUUCUAGCUGCAACAGUCAAAUAUGUUAAUUCUGAUAACACGAUGGUAAUUGUUUGGGGAAAACCAACUUCCUUUUACAACCCAACUCCAUAUGUGAAUACUACUCUUAACUGGAUACAAUGCGUUCAGGAAUGUUAUAAUUUCGAGAGAUGCGUGUUGGCAUACCAGAAUUCAACAGGGUGUAACCUAUACGUUUUUAAUGGAAUGCCAUCUGUAAAAAAGACCAAUUCAACUCAAGAUUUUCAAGUUGCAUUCAAAGUACAGGGCUUUGCAGAUACUUGUCCAGUUGGCACCAAUCCGCCAACUUUUAAUAAUAAAAACGCGUCGGGCUACCUUUAUGUCACUGAUAAUGUUUACUAUCCUCAAAAAGUAUGGUACAAUAUUAGUUUAUCUGGAUCCUCUUGGAAAUUAACGUAUACAACAUCAUCUCUCUGCCCAUCUAAUUAUAACACUUACGUAACCUAUGCGGAUGGUAGACAGAAUUGCGUUAUAAUAUUGUGGUCGAAUAUGACAGUAGGAGGAUAUCAGAACGUUAGUGACACUACUUGCAAACAGUUUGGUGGAACAUUGCCUACAUUGAAUUUUCCAAUAGAUGUCGAUGUGUUCACAUACCUUGCGAACUUGUAUCGUAACAAUUUUGCGUCAAGUGAGUUUUAUAUAAGAAUCGAUGGCGUAAGAACUAAAUCCUGUCAAAGUAAUCCGAAUUCAACUGAAUGUCUGACUCCAGAGGGAUUCACAUUCACCGAUCCAAGCUUUCUGAACAGCUUUCAACAGUAUGACUGGGUCACAAAUGCUGGCGCCAAAGAGGAAAGUGAUGAUAAUUGUCUUGUUCUUGUUUACCCAAACACUACCAAAUUUAUGCAAGUAGAUGUUAGAAGUGCGGCGAUAGAUGUUACGAAAACGAAUGCUACAGACGGUUCUAUUGUUGCCUUUAAAGUGGACACUGAGGAUAGAAAGUGCCCAUCUGGAGCUAAUCCACCAACGUUCGAUAAUCAAAAUGCAACAGGAUCCCUUAACGUUGAUUAUGACACAAACUUCUUUCCGAAAUGUGUAUACUAUACAAUUUAUGAAAAGGGCAAUACUUGGCAGAUAUCUUAUACAUUGAACAAUAGUUGCACUUCUGAUUUCAUUGAUAUUGUGGAACGCUCUGAUGGUACCUCAAUAUGCGUCACAGGAUUCACAUUCACUGGGCCACCAGUUGAAAACUUUGAAAAUUAUAAUUGGGUCACAGAUCCAUCCGCUCAGGAAACGCCAGAUGACAACUGUAUCAUUUUGGUUGCGAAUGGCUCCAACCCUAUACAAAUGGACGUUCGGAGGUAUACAAACGGUUCAGAAGUACAAAAGCUAAUACAUUUGCAGUUGCUUGUCUACUGGAUCUCAAUUGCCAACAAGGCUCAUAUUUUGUUCCUGUCCAGCAUGGAUAUUUUGAAAUAG